AUGCCACCUCGACGCGCCUCUAAGGAUGCCACUGCCUCUCAGCAACCUCCAACAAUGAACCCAUACAACCUUCGAUCGCUUCAUAUUCUACGUUCUAUUCGACCGGGGGAGAGUUUUGAUGAAAGGCACUAUGUGCCAACUAGAGCCCAGAACCAAAUACAGCGCAUGAAGGAGCGGCAAGAGGAAUUCGGAUUACCUGCGCCAAUAACAUCAAAAACCGCUAUACAGAAAACUCGUCAAGACGCUGCGAAGAAGGUAAAUAGUUAUCGCAAGCGGCCAGCACCUUCAGGAAGGAAAUCUACUACGCGGUCUCCUUCCAAAACACUAUCUGCAAAUUCAGUGGAAACUACACCUCUCCGCGCACAAUCUAAUGCACCAAGGGAUGAGUCUAUUAUUGCAUCCCUGGAAGCAGAUACUAAUGAGGAAACCGAUGACAACGAAGAUAGCGUUAGUGAGGAUGAUGAUCUUCCCGUGGUAGUUCCAGGUAGACCUCCAGGUUGGAAUAUGGCUGAUUAUUUGAAUGGUGAAUAUGAUGAAGAAGAGAAUCGCCUGCUGCGUGAUACGCCAUUAAGCGAGUCAACACCAUUCAAUUCACUGGAUAUCGAGAUAGCAGCGACAAACCUUUAUAACGCGAAGGAGGAUUUCAAAAAACUCAGCGCUAAACGACGUAUCAAGGUCGCCGAGCACGCUCUUCGUGAGGCCCGGGAGGAUAUUAGUAUUGUCAACAUAUCUGAUAUCCAGGACGAAUUUAAUCAUGAAAUCGGCUAG